AUGUCUGACAACGGAGAGAUCGAGGUCGAGGCCGUCUCCGGCUACCAGGUCCUGCCCAAGGACGUCGUCCAGGAGAUUGGCAGCGUCAAGCUGUUCAACAAGUGGUCCUACGAGGAUGUCGAGAUCCGCGACAUCUCCCUGACCGACUACAUCCAGAUCCGCAACCCCGUCUACCUGCCUCACUCUGCCGGCCGAUAUGCCGUCAAGAGGUUCCGCAAGGCCAACUGCCCCAUCAUCGAGCGUCUCACCAAUUCCCUGAUGGCCCACGGCCGCAACAACGGCAAGAAGCUGAUGGCCGUCCGCAUCAUCGCCCACGCCUUUGAGAUCAUCCACCUCAUGACCGACCAGAACCCCAUCCAGGUCGCCGUCGACGCCAUCGUCAACUGCGGUCCCCGUGAGGACUCCACCCGUAUCGGCUCCGCCGGCACCGUCCGUCGCCAGGCCGUCGAUGUGUCGCCCCUCCGCCGCGUCAACCAGGCCAUCUCCCUGCUGACCACCGGCGCCCGCGAGGCCUCCUUCCGCAACGUCAAGUCCAUCGCCGAGUGCCUGGCUGAGGAGCUCAUCAACGCCGCCAAGGGCUCCAGCAACUCGUACGCCAUUAAGAAGAAGGACGAGCUCGAGCGUGUCGCCAAGUCCAACCGGUAA